AUGCAAUGUCAAAGUCAAUUUGCCAUAGAACGAGAAUUGAAGGAGAGAUCAGGUGGAUUUCUUGCUGACAUAAUCCAAUUGAAAACGCCGAUGUCUUGCACCGCAAUUCGCAAAGUCUUCUCAGGCAUUGGAUUUGGGUUGAAAGGGAUCUUCUUCCUAGCACUUGGUUUCGCCAAAACCGAGAUACAUGCUACCAUCAUCCUUUCAAUGGCUCUCGGCAUUUCUGGUCUCGCUGUUGCUGGCUACGCGGUCAGUGUCAUUGAAUUGGCGCCUAAAUUUGCUGGACUAAUAAUGGGCUUCGCUAACAGUAUAAGCACUCUCACAGGCAAGUCCCUUUCCCAUCUACGAAUCCUAUCAACAGUAAUAGCUACGUUCAUCGUGCACUACUUGAGCACAGGUGUUGGAGCCGGGUGGAUUGUCGCUAUGAGUUUAGCCGCCGGAAGUCAAUUCUUUGCUGCGAUUUUUUUCCUCAUCUUUGCCUCCAGUCAGGAACAAGCGUGGGCCAAGGGCGGAGUGGUGACAAAUGCCUCAGGUGAUAUAUUUCAUUCACAGAAAUGGCUCGCCGCAAGUCAACGCGAGACCCGAGAGAAGAGGCACCAUAUAACUCACCUCUUUGAGACUGAUGACGUUGAAGCCAACUACAGAUGA